CAGAAGCGUUAGUAGGUGAAACAUCACGAUAGAAUCUGUUACUGUGUUUACAUCAUUACAAAUUAGAUGCUCCAGAAUUUUGUAUUUUAGUUUCAAAAAUGUGUGCAAAUCUUCAGGUGGUGUUUCACUAUGCGUGCAUCAGAACUCAAAUGUAUGUUUAUCCCAAGGGAUCAGAAUAAGAAUUUUUAUUACAAUAAGAGACAACGACGGAACUAGGUGUCUUUUGUCCCCUCUUGAAACAACAUAACCUAGUGAAAACUAUGGCGAUGCAACUUUGUAGCAGCAUAUGCGGCCUUAGGAAUUCUCAGCGGAAGGAGGAGGGCCAUCUAUCGACAAGAGGUAACUUUUGUGUGGGUUCAUGCACGAUUUAACCAGUAGUGCCAUUUCUAGGGAAUUCUCCCUAGUUCUAGGGAGAAUUUACGAUGUUUUCUAGUUCUAGGGACUUUUAGAGAAAUAGGGAAAUUCUAGGGAUUUUCUACCGUUUCAAAAAAAAGAUUAAUGAAUAACUAAAUUCCAAUCUAUAUUGAAAAAACAUAAACGGACCCUGUUAACAUAAUUAUUAAAUAAAACAGUAUACAGCUUUGCUAAUUACAAGGUUGGUUGCACUGUACAUCUUCUGUGUGAAUCACCGAUAAGUUCUCCGCCACCUGCCGCCACCGACGACUGUAUUACGCAUACCCAGUACAAUAUUAAAGUGUGACGCGACGUUUUUGAGUGCGUUUAAUGUGAAUAUUAGGACGGUCCAAUUAGAAAAGAAUCUUUGUUCAAAGUUUUUAAGUUUAGUUUUGUGAUGAUGGAGUCCGAUACAACAGAAAAUUCUGAUCAAAUGGAUCAACCCUCUACGAAAACAAAAAAAGAAACAAAAUAGGAAGUGAAUCAUUAAAUGUUUUACAAGAUUUUCGUCUGAUAAUUGCUGCCAGUCAUUUAAAGUAACUAGUGAGCAUCUUAAACUAAUGAGCCAAAAAAAUGUGUACUCAAAAGAUUAGUGGCAAGUAAUGUAUUAUUUCAAGUUAGAUAAUUAAGAAAAUUCCGUUUUUUAAUCUAAUAAAGUUUUAUUUUUAAAUGUAAUUUUUAAUAUAUUUUUUUAAACCAUAUUAUGAAUUCAAUAUGUAAUACAGAAAAA